GCCAAGAUCAUGGCUAUAAUAAGUAGACGUUUUCACAAAGGAAGAAUUAAUAAGGUAAUUGUAGGAUAAUCUUGUUUGUGACAUACAUAAAAAUUAAAACAAUUCGGUUUCUUAAAAUUAAAGUGCUUAUGGAACGAAAUUUAACCCAAUUUUUUGCGUUAGUGCAUGCAUUCCAAAGAAAAUUCAAAUUUAAAAAAGAUUAUUUGCCCGUUGUUUUCUAUUCUUAUUUUUGUACUAAUUUUUAUAGAGAGCGAACAUGGAAUUGCUUCAACUUGCCAAAAACAAGAGCUUCCGAGGAUCGUUUAAAACCACAACAGGAGACGGGACAAUAGGUAUGAGUGAGUCAUUAAUCUUUUGAAAUCACAAAAAUUAUGUCGUUCCUGAGCUCUGAUUUGGAAAAACUUAGGAAAUGGCUAAUUGCCAAUAAACUUAGUCUAAAUGUUGCUAAGACUGAGUUUAUGUUAAUUGGUUCAAAACAAAUGAUAAAAAAUAUUUCAAAUUUGCAACUAAAUGUGAAAAUUGAAAACGAGUCAAUUAAACAAGUUUAUGAAUCCAAAACUCUUGGAGUGACAAUUAACCAGCAUUUAUCUUGGAAAACUAACACUGAGAAUAUUUGCAAGAAAAUUACAUCUGGAAUAUCGGCUCUUAGACGUUUAAAAGAAUUUGCUGAUAAGCAAACACUUCUUUCUGUAUAUAAUGCUAUUGUUCGCCCAUAUUUCGAUUACUGCUGUGAAGUAUGGGAUGUGUUUGGAGAAACGCAAUCAAAAAGACUCUAAAAACUACAAAACAGAGCUGCUCGGAUUAUUUUGAAUAUGAGCAAUGACAUAGAUCACUCUGUUGCAUUGCAAGCAUUGGGUUGGAAGCCACUUAAAACAGAAAGGAAGAAAAAUAAAGCAAAAAUCAUGUACAAAUUAUUGAAUAAAAUGGGACCCAAAUCACUCAGUAAUCUCUUCACAUAUAAGGGUGAGGUGACAAACUACAAACUUCGGAACAUUUCAAGUAGUCUUUGUUUACCACAACCCGCGUACUAAUAAUAUGAAAAAAAGUUUUGUGUAUGACGGAGCACACCUUUGGAAUUCUAUUCCUAAAGAAAUAAGAGAGAGCAAAUCCUUUUCUUCCUUUCGAAAGAAAAUCACUACUCACAUUGACUGAUACCUAAUUAACAUAGAUGUUAAUAUUAUCUGUAUAUAGAUUACUACCUUAGUUUGUUAGUUCAUAUAAUACUAUAUAUCUUAUAUAAUUUUGUAAAUAGUUUUAAAAUUCUUUUCUGUAUACUUUUCGCACGCCCCUCGUGGAAAUCAGCUUCGGUUGACGAGGUCAGCGUGUUUAAAUAAAGUUUAUCUAUCUAUCUUUAUCUAUCUAUCUCUGUAUGAGAUGUAUACAUUCAGUAAUAGGUAUUAUCGUUGGAAAGAUGACAUAACUGGAGAACAGUUUGGUUAAUAAUCUUUCCAAAUAUACCGCAGUGGUCCGGACAACUUGAUAAAGACUAAAAAUACCUUAGAUAUAAUGGGAAGCAUUCUGCUAUGCGAAGAGUUAUUUUUCUCUUCCAAAUAUUAAUAUUACUGAAUUCCAUUCCUUUUUUAAUUCAAUAGUGGACGUGCUUACCAGUAGUCUCGAUCAUCUAUCCCGCAUUAAAGGGUCACUGCCGAUCAAAUCUUUACUGAAGUUGUGUCGAAAACAACCAAAUUGUAAGUAA